AUGGCGAAGAGUAUCCGUGCCAGCGUUUCCAAGCGCAACCGCGCGACUUUGCGCAAGAAUUUCUUCGGUCCGAUCGUCGAUGCCAGAACCGAGAGGCUCCAUGCCAAGCUCCAAGAGCUGGCUGAUAAGCCCCGACCUGAGGCUCCGGAGAAGUCGAAGCGGGAGCAGGCUGAAGAUGAGGCCGCCAAGGCCCAACUCGGGGGCGAUGAAGCCAUGGAUGUCGAUUCCAAGGCCCCCAAGAGCGCCAAGAAAGUCGGCCGUGUGCAAAAGCGCAACCAGAAGCCUCGCAACUCCAUCGUUUUCAAGAAGCGUCAGCCGUCCGGCAAGAGAGGCACCAAGAAAUAA